GAAACCAAGACCAAGAGGCACGGCUGGAGUCCCGAAGUGGUGCACGCCGUGAGACAGCUGCCGAGCAGUCCUGCACAGCUUGGGGCGGUGACGGACCUCAUCUGGGAGCUCGUCCUCAUUGAGCAACAACAAAAGACAUGGGCCUUUGGUGCUGUGCUGGGCGUGUCCCUGGUGGCUUCUGUGCUGGUGGGCGUGGUCUCCCUCAUGCUGGCGCCCUCGGGGCUGCUGUGUGACCAAUCGGCUGCGGCCGCCGCGAAGCUCGGCUUCCUCAGUUACCUCACCGGGAAGUACCUCUCGCCGGCCAACUGCAAGGUCGAGUUCGACUGGAAGGAGCCACAGGUCGUUGGCAACACUCUCACAUUCUUCAUCAAGUUCUUUCAAUGCAACGGGCGCAGCUAUCCGAUUUGCGACGAAGAUCCACUUCUAGUCGAAAUUGUCGCUGGCAAUGGCGCUCACAAGGUGGCGUGCAGCGUCGAGCUGGGUGGCACAGACCCGAACCUGGCCAAUCAAGCCAGAGUGCAGUUCACAGUGCGCCGCGCCGGUCUCUGCCAUGUGUCGGUCCUCAUUGGCAUGGUACACGUGCGGGGUUCGCCAUUUGUCAAGAACUUCCUUCCAGGUCGUCCGGACCCUCAGAAGACGGGCUUCAUCCACCACAGCUGCACUGUGGUGUGCACCCAGGACGAACCGCACCACCUGUUCCUGGAGCCCCGGGACAAGUACAACAAUGCGUGCCUUGUGGACACUACCGCCGACCCCAGCGACGAGUACAGCGUUGACAUCAUCGAGGUCAGUUCUAACAGACCGGUCACGUCCUGCUACCACUGGGAGAGCCACCCGGAAAACUCGAGAAUCGCUCUAGUGCUCGUGCUCGACAAGGUCGGCUGCUACCAGGUCAACGUCUCCUACCGGGGCACCAGCCUCAGCAAUGGAGACUUCCACGUCAUUGUGCUUUCAAAAAGCGACACCUCUUUGGUCAGGAAAAAUGUUGCCAAGAAAAGCCACAACAUUUGGUACGAAGCCAAGUUGAUAGCCAUGAACUGCGAGAAACUAAGCAAGCCCAAAAAAGUAUUUGUCUACAUCUCGCCAAAGCAACUCACGAUUAAGGAAUACGUGCUCAGGAUCAUUCCAAAGCGGCUCAUCACAUUCCGACUCUGCCCCAGCACAAAGUUUCAAUUCAAGGGGAGCAACAACCACGAAGGAGAGCCCGUGCUAGUUGUGGACGAUGGCUGCCAGCCGCAAGUCGAAAUGGUUUGCGAGGAAAGGGACGUCAUCGCGGCCACCUUCACUCAGUUCCUGCUGAAGAAUAUUGGUGGAUCGGAGACCUUCAAGGACAAGCUGGAGUUCUUUCACUACGAGGUGCGUAAGCUGCACCAGAAGCACUACCACGACAAGCUUCAGCUGAAGGUGUCGCGAGACAAGAUUCUGGACUCCUCGAUGAAGGCAACCAAGAACUUCAACACGAGUGACUGGUGCAAGAGCUUUGAGAUAACCUUCGUGGGAGAACAAGGUUUGGACUGGGGUGGGCUUCGUCGAGAGUGGUUUGAGAUUCUCUGCUCUGCCCUCUUCGACCCUGAAAACCAGCUCUUUCACCGGUUCAAGAAUGACAAGCAGGGCUUGGUUCACCCAAAUCCACGGAGACCGGCUCACUUGAAGUUGAAGCACUACGAGUACGCCGGCCGUAUUGUCAGCAAGUGCCUUUAUGAGUCCUCGCUAGGCAGUGGCUACAGGCAGCUAGUCAGGGCUCGCUUCUCCAGGUCAUUCCUUGCUCAGCUCAUCGGACUCAGGGUUCAUUACAAGUACUUUGAACAAGACGAUCCAGACCUGUACGUGACCAAGAUAAAGUACAUUCUGGAGAACGACGUAGAUGACAUGGAGCUGUAUUUUUCUGAAGAAGAGUACACCAGCUCUGGGCAGCUCUUGAAGACGACCGAGCUCAUUCCUGGUGGCUCGAAGAUUCGCGUCACCAACCAGAACAAACUGAUGUACCUCGACGCGCUGGCACAGUACCGGCUGGCGACCAGUGUGCGGGAGGAAGUGGAACACUUCCUCAAGGGACUCAACGAGCUGAUCCCAGAGAACCUGCUCUGCAUUUUCGACGAGAAUGAGCUUGAGCUGUUGAUGUGCGGCACCGGCCAGUUCAGCAUAGCCGACUUCAAAGCCAAUCACACAGUCAGCGGCUUUUCUUUCGAGUUCAGAAAGGUGCUGGACUGGUUCUGGACGGCAGUGUCAAACUUCACCGAGGAGGAGAUGGCACGACUGCUCCAGUUCACCACCGGCUGCUCGCAGCUGCCACCGGGGGGCUUCGCCGAGCUAAAUCCGCGGUUCCACCUGAGUGCGGCUCCGACUUUCGGCAGUCUGCCCACAGCACACACAUGGUGA